AUACCUUUUGAAUAUUGAUGGGACAUGCAUGCCAUAUAUUACCAUUGUGGUUACUUGGGUAGUUGUAACAUAGAAGACCAUUUGUACGUGUCAUUUUAAUCAAUAAUGGUCCCUAGCUAGCUCCCAUUUAUGUUUCAUCUUCUUCAAGCUUAAAUAUUUCUCCCACCCCAUAGAUUUGAUUUAAAGAAUAAAAAAGAUGGGCUACCAAAUGAUCUUCGCCGUUAUUAUGCACAUUUUCUUCUUGCUCCUUGUUCAUUCCACCCCACCGGAUGAUCCCAUCAAAUGCACAAACCACUCAACCAAUAAAAACUGCACCGUGACCAACUCCUACGGCGCGUUCCCGGAUCGCAGCCUCUGCCGCGCGGCAGAGGCUGCGUAUCCAAGAACGGAGGAGGAGCUCGUUGCCGUCAUCGCCGCCGCCUCAAGGGAGAACCGGAAGAUGAAACCCGCCACCCGGUUCUCCCACAGCAUCCCCAAACUGGCGUGCCCCGGCGGCAGCGACGGCACCGGUCUCCUCAUCAGCACAAUGCACCUCAACCGGACUUUGAAAGUCGACAACCGGAGCAUGACGGCGACGGUGGAGAGCGGAGUGAGUCUCCGGCAACUGAUCAACGACGCGGCGGAGGCGGGGCUGGCCUUGCCGUAUGCGCCGUACUGGUGGGGGGUGACGGUGGGCGGGAUGAUGGGUACCGGAGCUCACGGGAGCACUUUAUGGGGCUCCGGAAGCGCUGUUCAUGAUUACGUUGUUCGGGUUCGGAUUGUAACUCCGGCGUCGCCGGAGGAGGGCUAUGCUGCCGUCCGGCAACUUGAAGAAGAUGACCCAGAGAUCAAUGCAGCAAGGGUUUCCCUAGGCGUCCUUGGAGUGAUUUCACAGGUGACCCUCAAAUUGGAACCAAUGUUUAAACGGGCCAUGACAUAUGUGGAGGAAGAUGACACGGAGUUGGGGGAGGGUGCAGCCGCGUUUGGGUGCCAACACGAAUUCGCAGACAUGACUUGGUUUCCAAGCCAGAGAAGAGUCGUUAAGCGCAUUGAUGAUCGGGUCAAGACAAACGCGCCCUCUUAUGGUCUCAACGAUUUCUUGGGAUUCCGAUCCACUCCUUCAACCGUGUUAAGCCUCACAAGGGCUGCAGAGGAAAAUCAAGAAGCAAUCAAUGAUGCGAAUGGGAAGUGCAUACUUGCUAAUGCAUCCACAUUCCUUAUAAAAGUUGCUGCAUAUGGAUUUACCAACAAUGGUCUCAUCUUUACCGGGUACCCUAUAAUUGGAUACCAAAAUCGACUCCAAUCAUCGGGUACUUGCCUAGACAGCCCAAAUGAUGGAUUACUAACCGCUUGCCCGUGGGACCCUAGAGUCAAGGGAUUAUUUUUUCACCAAACAACAUUCAGCGUCAGUCUCUCCAAAGUGAAAGGUUUCAUACAAGAUGUGCAAAAGUUGGUGAAUUUAGACCCAAAAGCAUUGUGUGGCGUGGAGUUGUACAAUGGCAUACUCAUGAGAUACGUCACGUCUUCGAGUGCAUAUUUAGGAAAACAAGACGAUGCUAUAGAUUUUGACAUUACCUACUACCGGAGUAAAGAUCCAACGACUCCUAGGCUUUAUCAAGACUUCAUAGAAGAAAUUGAACAGCUCGCAAUUUUCAAGUAUGGGGCCUUGCCACAUUGGGGGAAGAAUAGAAACGUGGCCUUCCUAGGGGCAAUAAACAAGUAUGCAAAGUUUGAUGAGUUCUUGAAAGUUAAGGACAAGUAUGAUCCUAAAGGGGUGUUUUCAAGCGUUUGGAGUGAUCAAGUUUUGGGUCUUAGAGAAGGAUUGACCAUUACAAAGAAGGGCUGUGCUUUGGAAGGGUUGUGCAUUUGCUCCCAAGAUUCUCAUUGUGCUCCGAGAAAAGGCAUUUGCCGCGCGGCUGAGGCUGCGUACCCCAGAACGGAGGACGAGCUGAUCGCCGUUGUUGCCGCUGCCGCCAGGGAGGACCGAAAGAUGAAGGCCGCCACCUGGUCCUCCCACAGCAUCCCCAAGCUGGCGUGCCCUGGCAGCGGCAGCGGCGACGGUCUCCUCAUCAGCACAAUGCACCUCAACCGAACGCUAGAAGUCGACAGGCAGAGCAUGACCAUGACGGUGGAGAGCGGAGUGAGUCUCAGGCAACUGAUCAACGACGCGGCGGAGGCGGGGCUGGCGCUGCCUCACACGCCGUACUGGCGGGGGGUGACGGUGGGGGGAAUGAUGGGUACCGGAGCUCACGGGAGCACGCUAUGGGGCCCGGGCAGCACCUUUCAUGAUCACGUUGUUCGGGUUCGAAUUGUGACUCCGGCGUCGCCGGAGGAGGGCUAUGCCGCCGUCCGGCAACUUGAGGAAGAUGACCCGGAGAUCAAUGCAGCUAGGGUUUCCCUAGGCGUCCUUGGAGUCAUUUCACAGGCACGUUAAUACUCCCUCCCGUUCCACAGAACCGUUCCAGUUUUGACUUUAGGGAAAAAUAAGAAUUUUGGUUGACUUUCCAAUUUUGCCCCUGAUGUGAUGCGAAAAAGUAAGAUGUGAUAGUUUGGUUAUUAGUGGAAAAAUAUGAUGUGAUAGUUAGGGUAUGAAAAAGUAGGGGUAAAAGUGGUUUUUUAAUAGAAAGUGGAAGUGUUUUGUGGAAAGCAAAAAAACGAAAGAGGAAGGGUUUUGUGGAACGAAGGGAAUAUAAUGUCUUUUUAGUUUGACUUAAUACAAUUUUUAAAGAAAUGGGAUAUGUGUUG